GAGAUCAUAGUACCUACAUUGCUUAGAUUCUCAUGGAGCAACUAUUUAUCAAUAUCUUGCUUACCACUUUGGUGCUUGUGAGCUUUAGCUUGCUUUCAAGCCUCUUCAAUGCUAUGAUAUUUAGCCCUAAACGGCUUCGUUCCAAGCUUGAAAAGCAAGGGGUCACUGGUCCUCCACAUUCUCUUUUGCUUGGAAAUUUGUGGGAAAUGAUGAGCACUAAAUUCAAGAGCUCCAAAACUCCUAAACAGCAACAACAAAUUACAUCUCACAAUUGUGCAGCUAUUGUGUUUCCCUACUUGGUUAAAUGGAGAAGGCAGUAUGGUCCGACAUUCGUAUUUUCGUUGGGGAACUUACAGAUCUUGCACAUGAACCAUCCGAAUGCAUUAAAGGAAUUGAGCACCUCCACUUCGCUUCUUUUCGGAAGGCCUUCACAUCACCAUUAUGAUGCUAUUCUUGGCCAAGGCAUUAUUGCUUCCAGUGGUCAUGUUUGGGCACAUCAAAGAAAAAUCCUUGCUCCUGAAUUUUUCAUGGACAAGGUCAAGGGGAUGAUGAAAUUAAUGGAGGAGUCGGCAUUUCUGGUAGCCAGUGCAUUGAAUGAAGAGAUUGAGAAAGGAGGAGGAGUUGCAGAGUUGAAGAUAGAUGACUAUACAAGAAGCUUUGCUGGAGAUGUUAUCUUAAGAGCUUGUUUUGGAAGCAAUUAUGCUCAAGGCAAACAAAUUUUCCUUAAGCUUAGAGAUUUACAAGCAAUUUUGGCUCAAGUUCUUUUGCUUCAAUGGAUACCAGGAAUAAGAUACCUUCCAACAAAGAGCAAUAUGGGAAUGUGGAGAUUGGAGAAGGAAAUCCAGGCUUUAAUCUUGAAGGUGGUAAAGGAAAGAAAGCAAACAAAAUCACAUCCCGACAAGGAUCUCUUACAAAUUAUCAUUGAAAGUGCCGAAAGAAGUGAUUUAGGGCAAGACACAAACAGCUUCGUUGUUGACAAUUGCAAGAACAUAUACUUCGCCGGCUACGAGACCACCGCGGUGUCGGCGGCAUGGACGUUGAUGUUGUUAGCUCUUUAUCCCGAGUGGCAACACAAAGUUCGUGCCGAGAUUCUUCAAACUUGUCGGGGUCCUGUGCCGGAUGCCGACAUGCUUCGCAACAUGAAAACUUUAACCAUGGUGAUCAAUGAGUCGCUACGCCUAUACUCUCCGGCCGUCUUUGUACCUAGGGAAGCACUCGGAGACAUGAAAUUUGGAGGCAUUAAUAUCCCCAAAGGAGUUGGUGUUUGGAUAGCACUGGUAACACUGCAUCAAGACCCAGACCUCUGGGGUCCCGAUGCUGACAAGUUCAUCCCCGAAAGGUUUGCCAACGGAAUCAGUAGCGCAUGCAAGGUACCAUAUGCAUACAUGCCAUUUGGUGCAGGGCCUCAUACAUGUUUGGGACAACACUUUGCCAUGAUGGAGCUCAAGAUAUUCCUCACUCAUAUGCUAUCAAAUUUCACCUUCACUCUUUCACCAAAAUAUAGGCAUUCCCCUUUCAUGAAUUUAGUCGUUGAACCUGAAUUUGGGAUAGAUCUCUUUGUUACAAGGCUUUGAUAAUGUUAUAAUGGAAGAACUAGGGUUUAGCCUAGUUAAUUAUAUAGUGACAAUCAACGGGCCGGUCUAGCUCUUGUUAAUUACAUAUCUUUCAUGUACCAUUAAUAUAAAUAAAAUAAGCUUUUUGGCUUCAUUUCUUUGUUGAUGUUUCGCAUAUAA